UAUAAACAAAAUACACGCUUGUUAAAAGAAGGAAGGAGAGAAAUAAACAAAACCCACUUGGACUACAAGUCGAAAAGUGUGCUACGUUUUAAAUAUAUAAAUAUAUAUAUAUAGCUCUACACUUAAGUAUAAUUUCUAAAGAUAGUUAUUAUAUAGAUCGAGCGAUCUUUAAUAUGUUAAUGUUGAUUUCGAUAUAUACAUAUAUAUAAUUGCGCACCUACAAACAAAACCACAACAACAGCUGUAAAUUUAUGCCGUUUUUUUUUAAAAAGUACUUUCCCCGAAAAAUUUAUUAAUAAUUAAUCUAUAUAUUAAAAAUUGAAUAUCUUUAAACAAAUAUGAAGGAUGAACAGCGUCAAAUGGAUUCAUGUAUUUAGUUAUUUUAGGCGCUUUAAUUUGUACUUUUACUUUUUAAACAAACAAAAAUAGUUGAUAAUAGCUAUAGACACUUACAUUUAAAUAUAUUUCAAGUUUGCUACACUCUCAACACACACACACACUCAUACACAUCUACAGGAUAAUUUUGUUAUCCUUUCAAAACUUUAACUACUUUUUUUUGUUUACUUCAAAUUUAUGUAUUGCUCUUACGUUUCUUUUAUUAUUAUGAUCGUAAUUAAAACAACCACACAACAUUAUGUAGCAUUCGUUAAUUUUUGGAAAAAGUGAAAAAUGUGUAUAUGCAAGAAAACUAAGGACAUUAAAAAGCAACAAACACAAAAUACAAAACUCUAUAUUCGUAAAAAGUAAUUAAAAAUCAACAAAAAAAAAAACAAGCAUAAAAAAUGCAAAAUUGUUUUCUUUUAAUCUACAACACAUGGUGCUAAUAAAAAUUCCAUAGGGCUGGGAUGCGAUGCUUUAGUUUCAAUUUGCACACCGACAACGUCGCAUCAAAAUGCUGCUAUCAACUGUUGUUCUGCUCAUCUCCAUUUUGUGCCAAGUGCAUGUGGAAGCUAAGAUGGACAGCAACUUGACACCCAAUAUGCAGUGGGCGUCUGUGGAACGUAAGCUACAAUCGAUCAAGCGAGCACAGGAAGACCAACGACGCAAACUACUCCACAUCGAUCUAAAGAUUAAUCAAAUGCUCGGCAAGAUGAUUCACCACAUUUAUGUGGAGCAACCUGCCAACGUGGAGAGUUACCACAAUGCUCUAGGGGCUUGGCAAAAUAAUUCGUUUAAAUUGCUAGAGAAUAUCAACAAACUGCAGAAGAGUUUAGAUCAAAGGGGGGAGCAUGACCAAAAACUCUCCGAGAUACGUGAAUUGCUGACGCAGCAAACGACGUGCACUGCCCAACUACAACAACAACAACAACAACAGAAAGUAGCUACAGAGGAAACGUCCGAAAAGGAAUCCAUUUAUUUCCAGCCUGCCAAGUCCGAUUGCUAUGAAUUGGAUGAGCAGCAACGCAUCGAUGGUGUCUACAAGUUUCUAGAGCCGGAACUAAAUGAAGUGCAACGCGACUUCAAUGAACGUUACUGCGCCUUUGCCGCAGACGGUGGUCCAGCUUGGACGGUGAUCCAAAGACGCAGCAAGAACAUCAACAAUUGGGUGCACUUCAAUCGCAGUUGGGACGAGUAUCGUGCUGGUUUUGGCCACCUGGACAAGGAUUUUUGGUUUGGCAAUGCGUUCAUACAUCGCAUUGUCUAUCGCGAUGACUAUGUGCUGCGCAUUGAACUGGAAGAUCACAAUGGAGUUGAGACCUGGGCCGAAUAUGGGUUAUUUCGCUUGGACAGCGAAAGUUAUAACUAUCAGUUGGAGAUUGACGAACUGCAUGUGAAUAGCACGACCAGUGAUGCACUCUCGGCUCACAAUCAUUUGGACUUUCAAGCCAAUGAAGGCAACACGAUUUGUAAUGGUUGGUGGUUUGAUGAUCAGUGUUUGGCGAAGGAGGAGAAUAAAGCCAAUUUAAAUGGCCAUCACAUCACUUGGGGCAACUGGCACAACGAAUUCACACUGGAUGCAUCUCGGAUGAUGAUACGACCGCGUAACAUUAUUGAAAAACUUAACACCGAUGAUGAGUUCUACACGGAGGACUAA